GGGGCAAGUGGAAUUCAACAAGAACAAAGCAGAUUGCUGAGAGCAGCAAAUCCUAAUCAAGUCACAGCAUGGAGAAGACAGAUCAUGCCAAGAGAACCAGGAAUGAAAAGAUUCUGAACUGCUUGUUUCAAAAGCCCAAUGCAGUUUUUAAGCUGAUUUGCUUUCCCUGGGCAGGAGGCGGCUCCAUUUAUUUUGCCAAGUGGGGUGAAACAGUUAAUGACUUACUGGAAGUGCAUGCUGUAAGGCUGGCUGGCAGGGAAACUCGACUUCAAGAACAGUUUGCAACCGACAUCUAUGAAAUAGUUGAUGAAAUUGUAACUGCUCUGCUUCCCAUUAUCCAAGACAAACAGUUUGCAUUUUUUGGCCACAGUUUAGGAUCCUACAUUGCUUUUCUGACUGCACUGAGCCUAAAGGAGAAACACAAAAUGGAGCCACUGCAUUUCUUUGUGUCUAGUGCAAGCGCCCCGCAUUCAAAAUUCCAGCUUCAAAUCCCUGAACUUAACAAAUUGUCAGAAGACCAAAUCAGACACUACCUUCUGCAUUUUGGAGGCACCCCCAAGCAUCUCAUUGAUGACCAGGAAUUUCUGAAUCAUUGCACUCCCAUUCUGAAGGCAGAUGUUGGCAUUGUGAAGAGCUUUGUCUUUGACCCACCCUCAGAAGCGCCCCUUUCCCAGGACAUAACAUGCUUUAUUGGAUCUGACGACAUAAUAAAGGACACAGAAGGAUGGAAAGACGUAACCAGUGGGAAGCUUGACAUCCACAUGCUGCCAGGCGAUCACUUUUAUCUGUUGAAUCCUGACAACGAGAACUUCAUCAAGAACUAUAUAACUAAGUGUUUGGAACUGUCAUCACUUGAUUGCUAUUAAAUGGGCUUUCUUGGGGCUUUCAAAUAUGCAAACAGAUCACAAGCUGUCCCUCUAAGUCACGGAAAUGUAGCUCUUUAGUUUUCGGAGAUUAGAAAGAUGCGUAUUAAUGAAUUUCUUCAUGGAACAUUCUUCUGUCUGGGGAAGAGACAAACCCUGAAGGUCAGGGGGGCAAAGGGUCUAUUGUAGUUGAUAGCUGCAGCUGCAAGAGGCUGCUUUUCUUGGGGGGAUUUCACAACUAGCGGUUUACUCACGCUCCAGUGAAUGCCGGACACCCUUGUGGCACGUGCAGGCAGGGCUAGUCGGACCCAGUGGGCGACUUA